AUGGUAUCACUUUUAUCGCCAGUGAAUACCUUCGGCACAAUCUUCUUCAUGCAGUUGAUGCUCUCGACACCUCAUACGGGUGGGUGGGCCUUGUUGAGGAUGGGGAUCGUCGCACCAAUCUGUUUCGGAGCGUUCACGUAUCUGAUAACAUGUCGGUUUGAGAAGGAUGAUAUAACUCAUUGGGGUUCUUCGAUCUUAUCAUUCAUAUACAUGAUGCGAAUCUUGGAGUAUUUCGUAUUCUUCCCUCCGGAACAACACUGUCAUCGCAUCAUUCCCAAAACCCAACUUCAUCCACCCGUCGGAUCUCUCGAACCACAUGGUCAUUGUCCUUCCGAAGAUCAAACAGAAGUGUUGAUACCUGAACCUGUACCUCGACCAUUCACCUUAGCCAAAUUCUACUGGGCUGGUAGCCUCAUGUGGUCUUACAGGGGUAUUGGCUGGGCGCAUCAAUGUCCUUUACCACGCUCUUCAACUCAACAUCCAUAUACCCGUAAAUCAUCGUUUAGAUCAUGGUUGAAAAUGCAAUUACCAUACUACAUCGCCACGUACCUCAUCGAAGACUUUUGUCGCGCAAUACGGAACAUCGUAGGAAAAGACUUUUUCUCUGGACCGAAUCAGAUACCAUACGAUUCCCUGUCUCUGUCUCAGAGGGCGGUGUAUUCCAUCGCGGUAGUAUCGAGAGUUCAUUCCGGUCUGAUCAUUGCCUGGUUCCAUACGGCUGUAUGUAUGAUAGUCCUGGGGAAGAUAUUGGGAUGGAAAGGAGAAUUGUGGGAACCAUGGGGAUGGCCUCCUAUGUUUGGUUCGUUGGAGAACUUGUGGGUACAUCCUGGGUUGUCUACUAUGUGGUCUAAGACAUGGCACGGAUAUAAUCGAAGGUGGUUAAGUGUCCUAGGAUGGAUAGGUAUCGGCGAGAACAUCCUCGGACUGACCCAUACCGGUAUAUCAUCUCAUCCUUCCAUCCCUCCUCAACUUGGACAUCAACGAAACAACGACAAGUCGAGCGGUAACUCAUCCCCUCCCGAGUCCGGCAGGGUAUCACCUUUCCAUCCUAUAACCUCGUCAGGCUCUCCGGGCGGACCGAACAGGGCGAUAUCCACCAAAUUGGUUAUUUCCAAUCUUAUCAAGUCAUUUAUAACGUUCUUACUAUCAGGUCUGAAUCAUGAUGCAGGAAGUCUUGCUUUACUUAUCAAGAAUCAUCCUCGUACCGAACCUGUAUAUUUGAGCAAUCUGUUUAGGUUAACCCCAUUUUUCAUCCUUCAACCUGUCGGAUUGGCUUUCGAAGCGUUGAUCAAAUCCAUCUACCGAACCAAUAAGAAACGAUUUGUGGGAAGAGGAGAAGAACCCAGCUGGUUGGUCUUUACAGAAAGGUUGGUAGGGUUCGUCUGGACAUGGACGUGGCUAGGCUGGACCGCGAGAUACUUCGUAGAAGGCAUGGCUCAUCUCGGGGCGUAUAGGAGAGAUGGGGAUAGGGACAUGUACUUUAGCCUCUUGGGUGGGCUAGUAUGGGGUAAAUGGAUGAUCUGA